AUGAACAAAGAUCUGGGCGUCCGAAAAAAAUUAACACCACGGGAAGAAGAAUUGCUUUUGCGUGAAAUGAAGAAAGAUCCGUUUACGUCUGCUCUAAAAUUGGCAACAACGGUUGUUGCAAACUUUAACAAAGAAGUACACGCCCAAUUAUGUCGAAGAAUGUUAUGGAAAAACAAUUUCCAUGGUAGAGUCCCGCGAGAGAAACUACACAUUAGCAAGAAGAGUAAAUUACUUUGUUUAAAAUUUGCCAAAGAUAAGAGAACAGUAUGGAAGAAGUCAAACAAGGAGUUGGAUUCAAAAAAUUGGAGGCUCCGUAAUGGUUAUAGAGCUGAAUGCCUGCUAAUUGGCAAUCUGGAAAUCUCGUAUUCAUCGAUGGAAUCAUGGACAAAGCUAAAAUAUUUAAAUAUUUUAAAAGAAAAUUUCAUCGACAGUGCGGAGAAAUUAAAUGUGUCAAGAAAUUUUUGCUUCCAGCAGGACCGAGACUCUAAACAUACGGCCAAAACAGUACAAGAAUGGAUCUCAGAUAAUGUACCCCAUUCAUUAACCAGCCCUUACCAUAAAGCCCUGACUUAA